GUUGCAAAAGAAAUUGACCUAACACUACAACAGAUAGAAGAAAGAAAAAUGGAAACCAAGUCCAUCAUCGUCUCCCUCCUCAUCCUCCAGCUUGCUGUAACCGCUUUUUCCAAAGGCGGACAUAAGGGAAAGGGCGGUGGCGGUCAUCAUCGUGAUCAAAACCCUAUGCACCAACCUCACGGCUCUCACAAGGACGUGCAUGAGCCGGGAGGUCCGGCAGGGGGGAUUGCAAAGCCAGGAAGCAAACCACAGGUUGAGUUCGGAGGAGUAGAUGAACAAUUUGCACCCAGCAGUGGUGGAGAUGCAUCUGGCGAUAAGAAGUGGUGCAUUGCCAAAGGUGGUAUUCCUAAAACUCUUUUGAAGAAUGACUUCGAUAGUUUGUGCAAAGAGGUCGAUUGCUCGCCUACAAACGGAACAGGCUUGUGCUAUACCGAAUCCAUCUUCGCCAAGGCCUCAUUCGCCAUGAAUCUGAAGUAUCAGAAGAACGGUAAGAAGGAUGCCGACUGCGUUUACGAAGGAAGAGCAGAGACUACCACCAAAGAUCCCAGCUGGGGUAAGUGUAUAAUGGUGUCUUCUUAAGAGUUGGAGGCGAAACGAGAAGGAGAAUCGAAGUACAAUUAUCUUCAGGCCUUUGGGGGCUGUAUACAUAUAUAAUUAGCAUCAAAUUAAUAAAUGUGUUGAGCAAUUUCUCGAUGUAGAAAUAUUUUACAUUAAUAAAACCAGGUACUUUUUU